AACAGCUUCUGGAAACACAGAUUAAGAUCACCGAUACCCUCUCUUCAUUACUCUCAGAGUUUAAACUGAGUGAGGAUUAAUAAAACAAUGAGGGACUGUUUCUAUAUUUCUCUUCUUAUGCUUCACAUCAGUGCAGGCUGUAAUCUUUCAAAUGAUCAGAAGACAAUAGAAAUAACAGGAUACACAGGUGGUUCAGUCCUGUUGCCCUGCUCCUGUGAUGACCCAAAGUCUACAGUUAAAACAUUUACAUGGGAGAUUGUACACAAAUGGAUGAAUGUAUUUGAACAUAAGAAAUACACAGGCAGACUUGAGCUAUUUAAUCAAACAUCUCCAGCAAAUCUGUCCCUUCUUAUUUCUGACCUCAGAGAGGAAGAUAAAGGAAUCUAUAGUUGUAAACCACAUAGAUCAUCACACAGUUUUACAGAGGUUUCCUUAACAGUUAAAGGAUGUGAAUUGAAUCACUCUCUGCAUGAACAGACAGUUGAUGUAACUGGAUAUUUAGGAGAGUCUGUAGUUCUGCCCUGCUUCUGUACUGAACCACUGGCUAAACCUGACCAGAUAACAUGGAAGUUAGUAAAAAAUUAUGAAGAAAUUUACCCAUCUGAACACAAUGAGAGGUACAAGAACAGAUGUAAACUUUUAAAUCAAACCAAUCCAGGAAAUCUCUCUCUACAUCUCUCAUCACUGACCAAAGAAGACCAAGGAUACUAUGAGUGUUCUGUGUCUAACAGGUUUAUCUUCAUCAGACUUCAUGUUAAAGAGAAACCACAGGCCCAUAUAAUCUAUUCAUCAACAUAUCAACCUUCACAACAAACACACAAGCUUAUAACAACUCAACAACCAGAAGACAGAAUAACACAUCAACCACAUGACAUACCUCUGUAUUAUGUUAUUUUAAUGGCUGUAUUUGCCUCAGUAUUGUCACUGGCAUUACUGGCAUUUAUCUACUGGAGAUACAAAGGAGGUGAAAAUAAGAAGGUGGUAACCAGUGAAGAUCCAAAACUAUCAAGAGAACCAGAGAAUGAGGAUGAAGUUGAAUAUUCUUCAGUAUUUCAUGUUAAAAAAGCAUCCACACCAGCUGCCAUACAGAAAGAUAUAGAAGAGUACACGGAGUAUGCCAGUAUCAAUGUAAAAUGAACUUCAUACAUUUAAUUCUCAAAUUCAGACCUCACAUUUGAAACAUGUUUAUAAUCUACAUUAUGAUCUUGUAAACUUGCAAGGGAACUCUUAUAACAUGUAGCUUUUAACAAUGUCAGUCAUUACAAUAUGGGUAAUUUGUAGCGGAGUCAGAUAAAAAUGUACAGUCAAUUAUAGGUGCGUGUCUUAAAAAAAUAUUUUAAGAAUGACUAAUGGAAGCAGAUGUGUUGCAAGUGCUUUUUAAUAACCAUGUGCUGUAUUUCUGUAUGCUGGGGUGAUUGUGGCUUCCUGUGGUUUUGGACAUUGCAGAAUGAAAGAUGAGAGAUAAAUAUCAUGAACUGAGAAGAGCUAGAAAUAGAAAUGUGUUUUAGACUGUUUUCUGCAUCUUCAGCUUUUUAACAUUUUAACAACAAAACUUGCCACAACAAAGAUUGCAUUUAUUUGAACAAUUGUAAUUGACUUUUGUGGUGUUUAGGUAGGUUAAUGCCCAUCCAUUACGGGGCUCCGGUAAGAAGUGUGACAGGAGACAGGCAACAGUUAACUCUUUAUGUAGCACUUUGAGUAUUAAUAUUCAUAGCAGCAUACAAUCAU